AUGACUUCAAUCAAAAUCGGCUCAGUCGACGUCAAAUUUCUCGACGCUGUCAAGCAAAACAUCCCUCCGCUGAACCAAAGGACGACCGAACUUCCACCGGGUCACAGAAAGCAACCAACAUUCCGCCCGUUUGCAACAACAACUAUCUUCGACCAAGACCAAGCCGUUACGCUUAGAGAUGGAACGGUGAUCUAUGCCGACGUAUUCCGUCCCAAGACCGACGAGAAGGUUCCUGCAAUCGUCAUGUGGGGCCCAUAUGGCAAGACUGGAACGGGAAUGCUAAACAUUCAUGGCAUGCCACUUCGAGCUGGUAUACCAGAGACUCAACUAUCAGGCUACGAAGGCUUCGAAGGUCUCGACCCUGCAGAAUGGGUACCCCGUGGCUACGCCAUCGUCAUGGUAGACCCAAGAGGCGUGAACAACUCCUCUGGCAACAUCCACUUCUGGGGCAGCACCGAAGGCCGCGAUGGCCACGACGCCAUCGAAGAGCUCGCGAAGCUCCCCUGGUGCUCUGGCAAACUAGCCCUAUCAGGCAACUCCUGGCUCGCAAUAUCCCAGUGGUUUAUCGCGGCUGAGCAGCCACCGCAUUUGGUAUGUAUUGCGCCUCUGGAGGGCUUAUCGGAUCCUCUGCGCGAGCAGUCGCUACGUGGAGGUAUUCCGAACACGGGGUUCAACGAAUGGGUUGCUACUAUGUUGGCGGGGAAGAACAUGGUGGAGGAUUACGCUGCAAUGGCCCAUAUGAAUCCUGUGCCCAAGGGAUAUCUUGACGAUAAGCGUGUGGAUAUGGCAAGGAUCAAGGUGCCUGCUUAUAUCGGAGCCAGCUAUUCAUCGACGCUCCAUACCAUCGGCGCCCUACGAGCUUUCGAGGAGAUGCAGCAUCCAGAUAAAUGGCUCGUCCUCCACGCAACUCAAGAAUGGUACGACCUCUACAGUCCAAGCCGCACCGCAGACCUCGCCCGAUUCUUCGACUUUCACCUCAAAGACCUCCGCAACGAUUGGCCACAGACCGCACCCGUUCGCAUGGCCUUUUUGAACUUCACCAAACCAGCUUUGUUGGACCAAGAAUACCCAGACCUACCAUGGCACCUCCCCACAGCCACAGUCCAGAAACUGCAUCUCCAUCCCACCGGCACCCUCACCCCAACCGCGCCCCUCUCAACAACCACAAUCGAGUACCAAGCCGACUCCCCCUCCGAACUAACUUUCACAUACACCUUCCCGAGCAAAACCAUCCUCACCGGCCCUUCCACCGUCGUCCUCUCCAUCGCAGCACAGGAUCACAACGACCUAGACAUCCGCGCCCACAUCUUCAAAGCCUCUGCAUCGGGCACCAUGCUUUCUCACCUGAACAUUCCCAUUCCGGCCAACACACCCUCUGAAGUCGCAGAAAAAAUGACGCAAAAUAGGGUCUGGCGGUACCUCGGUCCCAGCGGCAUGUUGCGCGCGUCUAAACGCCAUGUCGCAGACGCGCUGCGGAGCAAGACGUGGGAAACGCUGUCGAUGGAGCGCAAGGACAAAGUUGCGCCGGGGGAGGUGGUUAGGUUGCGUGUCCAGCUUUGGCCGACGGGUAUGGUGUUUGAGGCUGGGGAGAUGAUGGUGCUGAAGAUUAGCGGGCGGGAAAUGGGGUUGAGGGAUCUUCCUGGGGCGGCGGAGAUGGCGAAUGAGAAUGUAGGGAAGCAUGUGAUACAUAUUGGUGGAGAGAUGGAGGGGUAUCUUGAGUUCUUCACGCUUUGA